AUGGAAGAAGUAUAUACUGAAAGGCUAGAAAAUUAUCGUAAAAGGUAUGAAGAUAAUGAUCUAUAUAGCAGUUUAGAGAAAUUAUAUGAACUUUAUUAUCAAAUAACUAGGAAGGAGAAUUGCAAAAGAUCAGAUGAAGAAAUAGAACAGAUGCUCAAA